CACCGUCGGCCCGGCAAAGGAGUCGGUCGGCCCUUGGUGGCUUUCUCACUACAGGCAUUGUGAGCGAUCAACGCACUGGGCGUCUGGGUAACAAGCGAACACGCCGGCGAAAGUGGCUUUGCAGAUGAACCAGUAAACAUACUUUGCUAGUCCCGGCGCCAGAAGACGGCUUGAAGAAGAGAUGUCUCCGCCGAAGAAGAUCGUCAAACCAGACUCGCGAGAAUGCUGGUUCGUUGCCGCGUCAGCGGCCAUUUACGUCUUCUUCGCUAUGAUCUUGGUCAAGACAGAGUCGGUCAUCUACGUCGGCUUCAUGGAAAUGCUUCAUCUGAGCAGACAGGACGCAUCUUGGCCUCUCAGCAUAUCGCUCGUAGUUUCCCAGCUAGCUGGGCCCGUGUUCGGCCUCCUCUGCCUGUACCUGUCCGAGAGGGCAGUCCUGAUUGCCGGCGCCUUUCUAUGUUCCGUGCCGGUCAUGGCAUGUGGUUUCGCCUAUAGCCUAACCGUCAUCAACGUACUCUAUGGAGUGUUCUUCGGCAUGGGCCUUGCGUGCGCCGAGCUGGUGCCGUUUUCGGUGGUGGCGCGCCACUUCGUGUCGUACCGCGGCACAGCACUGGGCCUGCUAUUCAUCGUCACCUCCGUCUCGGGCUUUCGUGUCCCCCAUGGCGGUGGAAUUUCUGCGUCAAACGUACGGCUUCCGAUGCACGCUACACUUGAUCGGAGCCGUCAUACUGAACAUGCUGCUCGGCUGCUUCAUAGUGAGCCGCGUUGACCGCACCGACGGUUCUAUCGAAGAGCCGCCCGUCAGCGCUCUCCAAAACCAAGGAGCUGCUUGCAGAGCCGCCCCGCAUACCAGCCGAGCGGCGCAGGUCCAGCUUCCAAGCAGCCUCGCUGGGGCAGUCCUGCUCCAUCAAGUUAGCGCAGUCCAUUAUGUCACUGGACAAAAAGGACCGUUCGGCGCGAGCUAAACUGCGGAGCAACAUGCGCACCAUGUUCACGCUGCCGUACGUGCACAUCUGCUUGUCGCGUGCGGCUGCCCUGUUUGCGCUCACCACCAUCCUCAUCACCGUAGUGGACUUCGGCGAGGACAACGGCCUCUCGGGCUACGACGCCGUGUCCCUGCUCACGGCGUACGCCAUCGGAGACCUGUGUUCGCGCCUCAUCACGGCGCUGGUGCUCGACACACGCUUCAUGAGCACCAGCGCCACGCUUCUCUGCAUGUUCGCGCUGCAGGCGGUCGUCAUGGCCGUCAUGAGUUUCGAGAGCAACUACUGGGUGCUGCUUGUGUGCUGCUUUGUCACGGGCCUCUCGAGCGGUGGCCGCUUCUUCACCUGCACCGUCAUGGUGGCCGAAGAGUUUGACGAGGACGCCAUCUCCCUCAACCUGGGCGUCUUGAACUUCGUGUCCGGCAUUGCAUGCUUCAUCAGACCACCCAUCAUAGGCUACUGCCGUGACGUGCUCGGGUCGUACACUCCACUCUAUCUGCUGCUGGCUGUCGUCAACGCAUUCUUCACCGUCACCUGGAGCCUGAAGCUCAUUCUCUCCCUCCGCAAGAAGAAGAUACCAACAGUCAGGGUAUCCCUGCAAGAGCUGCCAGAUGCACGAGGACGAAUCGGGAGCAUCGUAUCAUUUUGAAACGCACCGUUUUUCCAUCUAGUGUUACACACACUGCGGAUUGUUUUCCAGUAUAAUCGCAGAGGUUGCCUUGAAAAAUCGAGGGCCUUCGCUGGCAAGAAAAACGAGAGUCACGCAAAAAGAAGGGCAAGUCAUUUGCGGUUCGUUCAUGCACACUGAGACAGAAAUACUUUGAGCGGUAAGGUGGAGAUGGCGCUCCAAGCCAGGCCCCACUUUGCUCCCAACACUGCAGGAUGCUGGACCUCAAGGCAGAGCUUUCGUUUCAGCGUGGAGUGCGUGACUUGAAUUCAGUACUCAUGUGCCAGGGCAAAACUUGAUGUCCAAUUAAGAGAAUGAAAAAUAAACUGUUAAUAAAAUGCGUAAAAAGGCAUCAAACAAAAAG